AUGGCUAUCUCUAAAGUAUUUGCUACUUCACUUGUCGUCUUUCUCCUUGUUCUUCAUCUGGUUGAAGCUAACCAAACGCUGAACAGCAGUAACGCUACUACCAAUACCAUAGAUUGCGCAGCAGCGUGCACUGCACGAUGCCGGUUAGCUUCGAGGCAGCGCAUGUGCCAUAGGGCUUGUGGGACUUGCUGUGCUAGAUGCAACUGUGUUCCUCCAGGCACGUCAGGCAACGAAGAUGUGUGUCCCUGCUAUGCUACCAUGACAACCCAUGGCGGCAGAAACAAGUGUCCUUAAAAUUAAGGGAAAACCAUAUCAAUAUAUAGGACUGGUAUUGAAUAAGGGAAGGUUCUCUCGCUUGUAAGAAUUGAA